AUGUCAACGGCCAGCACGCACCAGUGUGUCAUCUGCCAACAGCCAACCGCCACAGCCUGCGCGCUCUGCAUCGACACACCCCCCUACCUAACUCCCCAGUCCCCCAUCUACAUCUGCAGCUCAGCGACAUGCAGCACCGCGCACGGCGCCCUCUGCACAACUCUCCAGAAGCGCCGCGCGCUCUACCGGGCGGGCGCCACGCUGCAAGCCAUCUUCUACGAUUUCCGGGCGCAGCUGUUCGAGAUCCCGGUCCUGCGCACCGAGAGGCGGGGAGACAAGCUGCUGGUGUGGAUCAAGGCGUUCGAGCCGCUGCAGAUCGACCAUGACUUGAUUAGGGGCGUGCCCGAGGGCGUGGUGCGGGAUGGGGAGGAUAGGUUGGCGUUGUUGAGUUUUGCGAGGAGUUUGGAUGCUGUGGCUUUUAUGCAUGAGUUGGUUAAGUAUUUCUUGAAAGAUCUCACAACCGACAUCCUCGAAGUGUGCUACUUACCCCCCCGCACUCUCCCCCUCCAAAUCCUCCUCUUCGGCCCCAACGAUCAAGACAUCGGCCUCAUCCCACCGCACCACCUUCUCAAACUAACUCUCGGUCACGAAACCUACGCUCUCGACCUCGCCGGCGCACAAUACGGAUUCCCCGCGCCCAUCAUACCCUGGGCCACGUAUCUCCAGACGCGCUGCAGCAGCGAGCGGGGCGCCAUCGCCACAGGGCAUUUUCUGUAUUUCGGCAGCGCGCGCGAUCGCAAAGUCGUCAUCAGGCUCCAGGAUACCUGGGAGGCAGUGUUAGCGGAUAUGCAUCUGGAAGCUGCGAAACAGAUGCGUGACAUGAUGAUACAUUGGGAGGCUAGAACGGGGGUUGGGAUUAGUGAGGUUUUGGGGGGGAGCGGAAGGGUGGAGUUUGAGUGGAGAGAGGGGGAACUGAGGGGUGUUUUGAGGGGGGCGGUUAGGUUUUGGGUCGAUUGGCAUGCGGAGAGGGCGAGAGAGGCGCUGAUGGUUGACCCGUAGUAGGGAGGUGGUUAUGGGCGAGUGGUAGGAGGGAAGGAAAAUGCGUAUUGAGCAGAGGCACCAGAGAGCGCUCUUCUAUCUCUUCUUUUCGUCUCUUCUCUUCUCUUCUCUGAGAUGUAGUUAUACACACCAAACCUAGGUAUCCAAGAACCCAAAAGAAAAUCCCAACUCCG